GUCGAACAAAUCGUCAUCAUUGGAGCUUUGGCAGCGAACGCGCUCAUAACGUCACUCAUAGGGCAACACCACGUCCGCCGCAUACCGCUAAAACCAGGGCCCCGAUUCUAAACCCCACCACGUCGAAGCUUUUCCUUCAGCCAACAAUACAUCCGCGUCUUCCGCAUUUCACUUCGAGACGUGUUCCUCCUUCCUUCCACAAAACACCCUCGAGCCCACCAAUUGCCCUUGAUACCCCACCCCCAGCGCGCUUCUCAACACUAUCAACCACAGUCCCCCAUCGGCGAUUACUAUGGCGGACACAGUUAUUCAGCCUGAGGUCGAUGCCAAUGCCGGCACCAUGGAGCUCAAGGACAACACUAUCAUCGUAGUUCUGGGCGCGUCCGGUGAUUUGGCCAAGAAGAAGACCUUCCCUGCGCUCUUCGGUCUCCACCGCAACAACUUCCUCCCCAAGAACAUUCGCAUCGUCGGAUAUGCGCGCACAAAGAUGGACCACGAGGAGUUCCUCAAGCGCGUCAAGUCUUACAUCAAGACUCCCACACAGGAGCUGGAGAAGCAGCUUGAGGAGUUCGUCGGCUACUGUUCGUACGUUUCCGGCCAGUACGACAAGGACGAGUCCUUCAUCGAGCUCGAGCAACACCUGGCCGAGCUCGAGAAGGGUCGCAAGGAGAACAACCGUAUCUUCUACAUGGCACUUCCUCCCAGCGUCUUCAUCACAGUCUCGCAGCACUUGAAGCGCAACAACUACCCCAAGAACGGUAUCUCCCGUGUUAUUGUCGAGAAGCCCUUCGGUAAGGACCUCCAGAGCUCCCGCGAGCUCCAGAAGGCACUUGCCCCCGACUGGUCAGAGGAUGAGCUUUUCCGUAUCGACCACUACCUUGGUAAGGAGAUGGUCAAGAAUAUCUUGAUCCUCCGAUUUGGUAACGAGUUCUUCGGCGCAACCUGGAACAGGAACCACAUCGACAAUGUUCAGAUCACGUUCAAGGAGCCAUUCGGCACAGAAGGCCGUGGUGGCUACUUCGACGAGUUCGGCAUCAUCCGUGAUGUCAUGCAGAACCACUUGCUCCAGGUCCUCACCCUCCUCGCUAUGGAGCGUCCCAUUUCCUUCUCCGCCGAAGACAUCCGUGACGAGAAGGUCCGUGUCUUGCGAGGCAUGACCGCGAUCGAGCCCAAGAACGUCAUUAUCGGACAGUACGGAAAGUCGCUCGACGGACAGAAGCCUGGUUACAAGGAGGACGACACAGUCCCCAAGGACUCACGAUGCCCCACAUUCGCCUCGAUGGUCGCAUACAUUAAGAACGAGCGAUGGGACGGUGUGCCUUUCAUCCUGAAGGCAGGAAAGGCACUCAACGAGCAAAAGACUGAAGUCCGCAUCCAGUUCAAGGAUGUCACCUCUGGUAUUUUCAAGGACAUUCCCCGCAACGAGUUGGUCAUCCGUGUCCAGCCCAACGAGUCCGUCUACAUCAAGAUGAACUCCAAGCUGCCCGGUCUCAGCAUGCAGACCGUUGUCACAGAGCUCGACCUCACAUACAGGCGGCGAUUCUCCGACCUCAAGAUCCCCGAGGCGUACGAGUCGCUGAUUCUCGACGCGCUCAAGGGCGACCACAGCAACUUCGUUCGUGACGACGAGCUCGAUGCCAGCUGGAGGAUCUUCUCGCCUCUGCUGCACUACCUUGACGACAACAAGGAGAUCAUCCCCAUGGAGUACCCCUACGGAUCUCGCGGCCCUGCCGUUUUGGAUGACUUCACAUCAUCCUACGGAUACAAGUUCAGCGACGCAGCAGGCUACCAAUGGCCCAUGCAGGAGGAGGGCAAGUUGUAGAUUGCACCUUUCAUGCAGAAAAGUUGGUUAUACCACAGUAAUGGAGUCGUGAGACAGGAUAUAUGAGCUAUUUUGCGAUUCGGUCGGCGAAUGUUCAGCGCUGUUAGGGAAGCGUAAGGCGAGCAUCAGGCCAGGAUCCAUAGAUUAUGAAUGUAACGG